UCUACGGACAGGAAGCGUGGCGGGCGCACGCCACCACUCACGACUGACGACGCUCGUCUUAUCUCUUAUCACUAUGAUCAUAGACUAGUACAUCGAAUUACCUCACGAGUAACCUGAUAAACGACACUCAUGAUAAACGUCCCAACAUGAUUUCAUUAUUAUUUAUUUAUCGGUGAUUCGGUACUUUCCGCAAUAACAAAAUGCUCCAAUUUUGUGCGUCUAGUGUGAAUUUAUUUUAUUAAUUUAAUAAACUAUGUAUAAAAAGCUGAAAAUGGGUGGAAAACUUUUUGCGUUUAUGACAAAUGUGUUAAUCAUAUCGUUUGUGAGAUGUGAGCCGUGUUCAAGACAGCAGAGUGUUAACGUUACAAGCGGUGAUCUUCAGGACGGCGAUUCCAUUCUACACGAAGGAACAGUGUAUAAAUCUGAACAAUGGUACGAAGUUGUAGAAGACGGUAUUGUGUCCCGAUUGGGAUGCCCGUGUCUCGACCGGGUGUGCAUAAAGAAAUGCUGCAAACAGAACUAUAUGUACAUAAACAACUCCUGUCAAGCGAUUACACACGAAUCCCUACGCUUCUUCAGCCCGAAUGUUUAUAAAGGAAAGGACCUGUUGAAUAUCACUGCGCAUCUACAUUUUUUCUAUUUAUAUGAACUACAGUGUUCUAAAUAUCUAAUCGACCCUCCCAUUGACUUAGAGGAAUUGUAUAUUCAAGAGAACGGAACCCUAUUGGAGUACAGCCUAGUCCACGAGAAGUCACAAUGGGUCGCGCCGUCAGAGUACUGCGCAGACAUGAUGAUGGAGGACGGAGUGGAGUCGCUGCGGAUGGUGGCGGUGGUCUGCUAUCAGAACGUCAACAGUACUGACGACAGCCAAGUGCUGUAUAUCUCUUAUGCUGUCGGUCUCCUACUGUCCGUGCCGUUCCUGCUGGCCACCUUCAUGGUAUACGCCUUCAUCCCUGAGCUGCGGAACCUUCACGGCAUGUGUCUGAUGGCCUACUGUUCAGGCCUCAUCGUAGCUUAUGUCUUCUUAGCCUACCUGAAGAUGCACUCUGGAGAAGACGGCGAUGAUACCAUGACCAGUUGCAUAGUAAUCGCUUUCAUCGUUUACUACGCGUUUCAGACGAGUUUCUUCUGGCUCAACAUCAUGUGCUUCGACAUCUGGAGGACUUUCAGCGGCUACCGGGGGAGCACCUCCACGAAGAGACGCGAGCUGCGUCGGUUCGCCGCGUACGGGGUGUACGCGUGGGGGGUGCCGGCGCUGCUGACAGCCUGCACUGUCACCAUGCAGUACGCCAAGCUGCCCGCCUGGCUCAUCAAGCCGGGCUUUGGGGACAGGAAAUGCUGGUUCAGUGACUGGAUGAGUGAACUGGUGUACUUCUACCCGCCCGUGCUGGCGUUGGUGGUCUGCAACCUGGUGUUGUUCAGCGUCACUGCCCACAGGAUCCGCUCCAUUCGCCAGGAGACCGCCAUCUUGAAGGGCUCCAAGUCUACCACAAAACUCAAGCAAGACAAGCAAAGAUACUCUCUUUACCUGAAGCUGUUCAUAGUGAUGGGUAUCAACUGGACGGUGGAGCUGCUCAGCUUCGCAGUCGGGGGCUCCAACUGGAACUGGAUCCUCGUGGACAUCUCCAACAUCAUGCUGGGUUUCUUCAUCUUCAUUAUUUUCGUGUGGAAGAAGAAGGUCCGCAACUUGGCUAGAAGAAGAUACCGCAGCAUCCGAGGACUGCCGCCGGUCACUUCAGAAUUCAGAAAGAGCACCAAUAUCACCAGUAGUACCGCGGUCACAGACGAGAGUCGGCUAUCGACGGACGAUGCGCAGGCGCAAGUACGCCUCAAGGAGUUGAACUGACAUCGGAAGAUCGAACUGAAGAAUUCUCAUGCGGAAACCUCGCUACACUUUUUACAUUAACUAGUCAUAUUUGACUUGAAUGAAGUACCUACCUAGACAACUUAUCUACCUAGAUAGAACUUGCACAAAUUCAACAUUUAGAAAUAGGAAUUUAGAUAGGUACAAACAUUUAUUAUUGAAGGGAAAUCUUCGUUUGGAACUUGUGGGAAUGCAGACUAGACAUUCCUGUGUAAACCCGUGUACGGACUUGAGGCAUCCUCAGCGUGGACACGUAUGGACCAGAUGCAAAUGAGUAAUUGAUUGGGAUAACGUCAUAAGUAUUCUCUCGAAGAUUUGAUUUUUUGAAGUUAUGAAGGCGUGUAGUCGUAAAAAAUAGAGUGUAUGACUAUACACUCUAUUUUUUUCCUGCACUGCAGGAUGUUUCAUGAACCUAAAAUAAGUUGUACUGUCGAUUUCAAUUAAUAAAAGCACUUACUAGAUGGC